UGUAUCAUUCAGUGGCGCGAAUUUAAAGAUAGUACUGCGUAAGGAUGGCUAAUGUUAAUUCUGCUAAUGCAGUAACUCUGAAAGGUUCUGCGGACAUUGUUUCCGAAUUUUUUAAUUAUGGAAUUAACAGUAUUCUCUACCAGCGAGGUAUAUAUCCACCGGAAAGUUUUACUCGACUACAGAAGUAUGGAUUAACCCUUCUAGUGACCACAAAUGACAAGUUGCAGCAUUAUUUGUCCAUUGUACUUAAACAAUUAAGAGAGUGGUUGAUUUCUAAAGAUGUGCAUCGUCUUGUUGUAGUCAUCUCCAAUAUCGACACCAAAGAAACCUUAGAAAGAUGGGAAUUCAAGAUUGAAUGUGAUAAGGACAUAAAAACAAAUAGCAAACCAAAACAGAAAGACAUUAAGGAAAUUCAAAAUGAAAUCAAAGGAGUCAUUCGUCAAAUAACAGCAAGUGUCACAUUCCUACCACUGCUGGAGGUUCCUUGUGCCUUUGAUCUUCUUAUUUUUAUGGGAAAAGAAGCUGAAGUCCCAAAUGAGUGGGCAGAGAGUCCACCAUAUCUAAUACCUGACAGUGAAGAGGUACAGUUAAGGAGUUUUUCAACAUCAAUCCAUAAAGUUGAUACUGCUGUAACUUAUAAGAACACAGAAUGAAAAUAAUUUCAUCUAGUAAGUAGAGUGUCUACCCGAACCUCGUAUCACUCACAUUUGUUGUACGACAAGAUUAACUUACAGACAAGAAAAAAAAUGGAUAUUUUCUUAGAACAAAGUAGAAAUGUCUUCUUUGUGUGUUUUCUAAAUCUCAUAAUUUUUUACUAUUUGUGUUAAUGUAUAUAAACUUCACUGUCUUUUUGCCAAAAGUUUGAAAAAUGUGUAAUUUGGCUGUUUUAUAAUAAAAUAAAACUAGUUUUAUCAGUA